GUUAAUUUUCAUUUUCCCGGUUAUUCACGAUCCAGUCUCCGACCUCUACCCGCCCGUCCGCUGCCACCUCCUCCCUUACCGAACCGCCGGAAGCAAUUGGAAAAUCGAAAAUCGCACCUUUGUGCUGUAAAGCAAGUAUAAGAAAUGUCAGAUAAAAACGAAACGAAGAUCGGAAGGAGAGGCCGAGCAGCUGUGGUUGUCCUCGGCGACAUCGGCCGCAGUCCUCGCAUGCAGUAUCACGCCCUCUCCCUAGCUUGCCAGGCUGGCUUAGAUGUAGAUAUUGUUGCCUAUGGAGGUUCAGAGCCCCACGCUGCCUUGUUACAGCACCAAUCCAUACAUCUUCACAGAAUGACACAGUGGCCAUCUGUACCUGAAAGUUUACCUAAGAUACUUCGGCCCUUCAUGCUUAUGCUCAAGCCAUUAGUUCAGUUUCUUGUGCUUCUUUACUACCUUUGUUUUAAAAUACCCGCGCCUGAUGUUUUCUUGGUGCAGAAUCCUCCAUCAGUUCCUACUUUAGUAGCUGUUAAAUGGGCCAGCUGCCUGAGACAUUCUGCAUUUGUAGUAGACUGGCAUAAUUUUGGUUACACACUACUUUCACUGACUCUUGGGAGGGGCAGCAGUUUUGUGACAAUAUAUCGUUGGAUUGAGAAGCAUUAUGGGAGGAUGGCAAGUGGUGCCUUUUGUGUGACAAAGGCAAUGCAACAUGAAUUGGAUCAGAACUGGGGGAUUAAAGCAACUGUUCUUUGUGAUCAACCUCCUGAAUUUUUCCGACCUGCUUCCAUUGAGGAGAAGCAUGAGUUGUUUUGUAGGAUCAGCGAUAGUCUCAGUCAACCCUUUGGAAUUCAAGACUGCAUAAGCUAUGGAAUGACUGGAACAGGUGAAAGUGAUCCCAAUUCUACCUUAUUUACAAUUCAUACUGGCACAAAUAUAAUUAUGAAGCAGAACAGACCUGCCAUCAUUGUAAGCAGCACAAGUUGGACUCCAGAUGAAGACUUUAGCAUUCUUUUGGAGGCAGCACUUAUGUAUGAUAGACGAGUUGCAGGACUAUUAAAUGAGGAUGAUGUGAGUGAUGAGGAAAUUUUAUGGAAUGAAAUCUGUAAUGGGAAGCAAUUUUUGUACCCAAGGUUGCUAUUCAUAAUUACUGGAAAGGGACCUGAGAAAGACAAAUAUGAACAGAAGAUAAGGAAAUUGAAACUUAAGCGAGUGGCAUUUCGUACAAUGUGGUUGACAGCAGAGGAUUAUCCAUUGCUUCUUGGUUCUGCAGAUCUUGGUGUUUGUCUACAUACUUCCUCGUCUGGGUUAGAUCUCCCAAUGAAGGUUGUGGAUAUGUUUGGCUGUGGAUUACCAGUUUGUGCUGUUUCAUAUUCUUGCAUUGAGGAGCUUGUUGAAAAUAAUAGAACUGGUCUGCUCUUUUCGUCUUCUUCCGAACUUGCUGAUCAACUCAUGAUGCUGUUCAAAGGGUUUCCACAUGAAUGUGAUGCAUUGAGUUCAUUGCGGGAAGGGGUAUUAGCAAAGGCAUCUUCUGCAAAGUGGGUAACAGGAUGGGAUGAGAAUGCCAAGCCCUUACUAUCUGAGGUUAUUUCUCAGAACUUCAGCUGACUCAGGUAGGCUGUAGCACCAAAUGUUUUGAGUCAACUAUGUUUGCGAAGAGGUUGCAUCUCCAUCUAAUUGGUUUUUGAUCUGAGUGGCGUACUUUGCAUUGUGGAAGUAUCUGGGCAACAUUGAGCCCCUCGUGAUCUUGAAAAUAUGCAUCAACAGAUGGUCAGUUGUGAGCCAUGUAAAUUACGUUUCAUCUGAAGUGCUUGUUCCCUCUUUGUGCAACUUUUGUUUAGCAAAAAUUCUUCCAUCGUUAAUUUGAAAUUGUACUAACAUAUUAUAAUGUUGUUGUUUGAGCAACAAUGGUGUGUGCACCAAUACUACAGAAAAUAACAUGUGUGGUUCUUAA